AUGCUACCUAAGCUAUCACAUAACGAAUUAAUCAAACUAAUCUCUAAAAGAUGUAUCCCUCCCUUAUUACCACGCUUCUAUAAGGGUCAAGCAGGAGGUCGUGUCUGUAUUAUAGGUGGUUGUGAAGAUUACACAGGGGCCCCAUAUUUUAGUGCCAAUGCUACUGCUCUUAUGGGUUGUGAUUUGACUCAUGUCAUUUGUGAGAAGGAUGCAGCUACUGUGAUUAAGAGUUACACUCCGAACCUUAUGGUUCAUCCAUAUUUGAGAACUUCUAAGGAUAAACAUGAGGAGGAAUUUGAAAAGAUUGAAAUGUUGUUGAAGAGGAUUCAUGUUAUUGUUAUUGGUCCCGGGUUAGGGAGAGAUAAGGGAAUGUUGGAUUCCAUUAAGAAAAUUAUCAAGUUGGUGUUAGAAAAACACGAGGGAAUGAUUCCUAUUGUAAUUGAUGCAGACGGGUUGUUUUUGAUUAGUCAAGAUGAAGAAGUUCGUGAGAUGUUGAAAAAAUUUCCUAUGGGUCGUAUCAUUUUGACUCCUAAUGUGGUAGAAUUUAAAAGAUUAAGUGAAUCUGUUGGACAUGAUCCUGAAGAAAAGGAUGAAGAGAAAGAUAUCUCAUCGAAUGAAGUUACUGGGGCCACCAUUGCAAAAAGGCUAAAUUGUAUUGUAGUGCAGAAAGGUAGAGAAGAUAGGAUAUUCUCGCCACAAUCGGACUCGUUUGUAUUGAAGAACGAUCGUGAAGGUAGCUGCAAAAGAGUCGGUGGUCAAGGUGAUACUUUAACCGGGACAAUUGCAUGUAUGUUGGCCUUCAGUCGUUCUAUGCAUGAUUUUAAAUUAUGUGAAGACGAAAAUAAUGGUAAGAAUAAGAAGGGUCAUGAUGAGCUGAAAUUAGAAUGGAUAGACUUUGGAGUAUUAAGCUGUUAUGCAGGAUGUACAGUUACUAGGGAAUGUUCAAGAUUAGCCUUUAAGGAAAAAGGUAGAGCCAUGCAAACAAGUGAUAUAAAUGAAAGAGUGGGGCAAGUAUACGCUAAGGUCUUCCCGUUAUAA